AUGCGACUUCGUGAAGUAUUCCGCGCAGCCAAGCUACCUAAAGGACAUCGCGCCAUUGGCACAAAGUGGGUCUUCAAGAUCAAGAGCAAAGCGGACGGAUCAAUUGACAAGUACAAGGCGCGUCUUGUGGCAAGGUGUUUCAAGCAAACAAUUUGGGAUGGACUACACGGAAACAUUCUCGCCCGUUGUCAAGAACAAGUGUUCUGCGUCAUCCCUGAAGGCGUGGAAUUGGAGGGCUCCUUCGAUUGUCUGGAGUUGGUGAAUGCAAUCUACGGACUAAAACAAGCGUCGCGCGUAUGGAACGAAACGUUUGACGAGUUCGUGUGUGCUAUUGGAUUUCAAGCGUCAGGCCUCGACCCGUGUCUCUACAUAAGGAUUGUGGAAGGGCAAUUCGUGCUGCUGCUGGUGCAUGUAAAUGACGUGUUGAUCACCGGUAGCUCAUGCGAGCUAAUUGCACGCACCAAGACCGACCUAAAGACACGAUUCGAGAUGACUGACAGCGGCAAGUGUGCAUUUGUGCUUGGAAUCGAGCUUUUGGACGGCGCAGAUGGAAGUGUUACACUAUGCCAGCGUCAAUAUGUCGAUGAUAUCCUCAAGCGCUUUGGCAUGGAUGAUUGCAAGGCCGUCGCAAGUCCAGUCGACAUGAGCUCUCGACUUGUUUCAAGUGAUGCAGCCACCAAAGUAGAUGCUCCUUUUCGCGAAGCUAUUGGUGCGUUGAUGCACCUGACCACUGCAACGCGCCCGGAUAUUGCGUUCGCCGUGGGCUAUGUGUCGCAAUUCAUGGAGAACCCCCAAAAAGAACACUGGGUUGCGGUCAAGCGCAUCUUCCGCUACCUACAAGGCACCAAGAUGCACGGAAUCUGCUACAAGCCAAAUGCGAAGAUCGACUUUCGUGGCUACUCGGAUGCAGACCGGGCCGGUGACCUCGCUGAUCGCAAGUCGACGUCUGGUUACGUAUUCAUGGUGUUGAGUGCGCCAGUGAGUUGGGGCAGCAAGAAACAGCCAAGUGUUUCGUUGUCCACGAGUGAAGCCGAAUACAUCGCACUCAGCUUGGCGGUUCAAGAGGGCAAGUGGAUUCAUCGUCUGCUUUGUGAGAUCAUGAUGGCUGACAAUGAAGAAGGACCGGAACUCAUGAUCCAUAAAGACAAUCAAUCGUGUAUCAAGAUGACAAAGAACCCGGUCAACCACGGCCGUGCUAAGCACAUUGACAUAAAGUAUCAUCACAUCCGUGAUGAGGUCAAGCGCGGUGAAGUGAAGCUCAAGUACUGUGAAACUGCGGUGAUGUUAGCGGACAUCAUGACGAAGGGACUUCACGGGCCACGCCACAAGGAGAUGACGGCGACUCUCGGGAUUUGUGCGAGUUCGCAUUGA